GCUACACAUACUUUUCAGCGUCCCCCCCGCUUGCAGCCACGUUAAAGCUAAAUGAGGAGCUAUGGAUCAAACGUUCAGCCACUGGAAGAAGCAGAGUCUGAACAAGCUGGACCUGAGUAAGAAGGGCAGUGUGGAUGAAGACAUUGAACAUGUAGUGUCUCUGCUCAACAGCUGCGAGGAGUACUUCACCACCAGCUCCUGCUCUGGGAGAAUCCUCCUCAUCGAUGGGGCUCCAGAGAGCAGUCGUGUCCAAAAACAAAAUUGUGUUUGGCUCUUUGUCUCACACCAGAAGUGCACAUCUGAUGACCUGACGUCUGCUCUAGCCAGGUCCAGUGGAGAUGCAGUGUUGAAGUUUGAGCCCUUUGUGCUCCAUGUUCAGUGUAGGCGCCUGGAUGAUGCUCAGCUGAUGCACUCAGUGGCUAUAAACUCAGGCUUCAGGAACUCGGGUCUCACUGUCAGCAAGACGGGGAAAAUCAUCACGGCUGUCCGUAGUACCCACGGCCUGGAGGUUCCACUCAGCCACGAAGGAAAGCUCCUGGUGGAACAUGAGUACAUCCAUUUUCUAACUCAGAUAGCCAAUCAGAAGAUGGAGGAGAACCUUAGACGGAUCCACAGGUUCUACCAGAAUCUGCAAUCGGCCCUGGCUACAGAGAAACUACAAAAACUACAAAUUCCAGAUCCCUCCGUCUCACAGGAACUACAAGAUCCGCCUGACAGACUGGAGACGGAAAAGGUAGAAGAAGAAAAGAAGGACAAGGGCAGAACAAGUGUGUAUAAACGUAGACGGAAGAGGGAACAACACCGUCAGACUGACUGUUACCAUGGUGACGGGCCGAGCAGUCCGCCAGAGCCGGACGACUGUCUGGAUCUGUUCUCUGCAAACAUGGACACGAGUACUGUGCAGUAAAAUAAUAAAAGACAUUUUAUACAUCAGUAAAAACACUUAGCUUUCCAUGAUUUCAGAAAUCAAACUGCCGUAUUUCUUGUUUUAAUCACUCUAAUUACAGAUUACAAGCUAUCGCAGCAAAAACUAGGGCAAACAGAAAUGUCCUGCCUCCGUAGUAUAAAACCGUUUUGUUGGCAUUCAAAAAAAACUAACCUAAUACCAUAUUACAAAUGAGACCUUAGCAAAAAAAUGUAUAUAUGCAAUACUUGAUUCCACACCAUUAAUCAAACGUUUCUAACCAUGUUGUCCUCCAUAUUUCUUCGUGUAUGACGUCAACAAUUCGGCAACUCGUGUACCAAAACUUACUCAGACUUUACAAGUUGUUUUUCCGGCUUUAGGUUCAUGUGAAUUUUCCAAUUAUGCCAACAGCACAUGAAUGCACCAUGUAACUCAAAGGUGUGCUAACAACUUACUGCAGUUAAUCUUUGUUAAAACUGUAAGAUGCAUACAUUUGAUAUAUCAUAUUUUUACUUACAUGUACAUAAAUGUGGUCAGUAUUUCUGUUAACUUGUAUUUGAACUAGUGGUUUCAAUUACUUUUGAGUAAGUGUUUUGUAAUUGGUUGUUGACAGAGAUGAAAAAACAAGAUACUUUAAACGUAUGGCUGGACCGCUUAUGAAACCCUUUUUGCUCGGUUUAACACAACCCUGCCCUCUUCAGCUCCGUUUGAGAGACUCCUCUAAUCUGUGCAGGAAUAAUAUUCGACAUACGAGGCUGUUAAAACCAGAAAUAUUUUGAAAGUUUGUUGCUAUUAAAAACAGCUAAAUAGACUAUAAAUUGUAGUUGUUGGGUGUCAACAGCCAUGUCUUUGAAUUGGACAGAGAGCAAGUUUCUACAAAUGGUAAAAGACUAUUUUCAGU